AUGAAUGUAAAUAAUUAUGCAUUAUUUGCAUUUGAUGCAACAUGGACAUUAAUUCAAUCAUUACAACAAUUGUGUGCAUCAAAAAUAAACAUUUCUUCUUCAUAUGCAGUUAGUAGAACAGAAUUUCUUGGUGUAUCUCGUCCUAUACAAUUUAGUUUUAAUGUAACAGAUCGAAUAACUGGUUUGUAUUAUUCUGCAAAAAAUGCUCAACCUUCUUCGAAUGGUUUGAGUUUUGUUCCUGUAUUAGAAUAUUUUCAUCCUAGUGAUUGGAGAAUACCUACAAAAGAAAACAUUAUAAUAUGGUCUGGCAAUUCAUUAACACAACCUAUUGGUGGAGCCAUUCUCAAAGGUGUAAAUUUACGAAUAGGUAUUAUUGAAUCAGUUCCAUUUACAAUCGUUGAAAAAGUCAUAGAUGCAUCUGGACAAACUACAAUACAAUAUAGUGGCUAUAUUCAUGAUCUUAUUAAACUUUUACAAAGUAACAUGGGAUUUAUUCCAACUAUUGAAUUAGCACCAUCAAAUCAAACAUAUAAUGGAUGA